AUGGGCUUUAACCUCUUCAUAUCAAGUGGUUUUGUGCUGUACAAUCUGAAUCUUCUGAAGAUUUCUUCCGGAGGUAGAGAAUUGCUUCCAAAACUGUUGCGCGCCCUCAGAUUCAUCUUCUUGAAGGUGCUCAUGAUGCGAAGAUGGAGCGACACCAAAUCAACUUCGAGCGGAAGGACCGAAGGUCGGACUAAGUUCAGGGAUUAUGAUUACUCUUUGUUCUCAACCGCUAAAGGAAGAAGGAAGCAGAGCAACCAGUGGAUGCUUGAAAGUGAUGUAAGCCGAGUUCUUGACUUUCUAAUAGAGACAAGGAAAUGGAAAGACACGCCUACUUUGAUGGGCUUACCGGCUUACCCGGCCAUUCGUUCUGGUCUAGGAACAGCUGAACUGAAGCCUGCAAGGGCGGAGCUCUCUUGCAUACCUUCUGGAGGAUUUGAUAUGGAUCUCACUUGUUCUAGAAUCAGAAGUUUCCUAAUCGAAUAG